UGCUGUGUUUGUGUCUCCUGUGUUUGACCGGAAAAAACACUUUGUGAUGAAAACGGAGACAUCGACAGCGAUGGAGCUUCUUCCUCUUCUGUGUCUCUUCCUCCUGACUCGCUCUGGAAUCACGUCUGCUCAAACAAACGGGCCACCAUUGACCGUGGUAGAAGGCAGUGAUGUUGUGUUACCCUGUUCUCUCAGCACCAAGGAGAACAUUGAGUUUAAACUCUUUGACUGGAGGAAAGUUGCUCAGAAAGAUGAAGGUCUGAAGGAGGUGUUCCUGUAUGACGCAGGCUUUCAUUACAACAACGGUCUAGCUGGUCAGAGUGAAGAGUUCAAAGGUCGAGUCUCUCAUUUUCAAGAUGAACUGAAACACGGCAACGCCUCCAUAAUCAUCAAUAAGACGACACUGGCCGACAGCGGAGACUACAUCUGUGAUUUUCCACUUCUUGACCAACCUCAAAGAUUCCACAUUAAGCUUGAUGUUGUUGAUCCUAUCUUAAAAGACAGAAGAGGGGAAAAGGGUGCAGCUCCAAAACCAUGUGUCACAAUACUUAAAACUAAGGAUGGAUUUGUUCUGCAGUGUGAUGUUAAUGGCUCUCCAAAACCUGAAGUAGAGUGGCUGGACAGUGCUGGAAAGAUUCUUCCUGCUGAGGAGCCCCAGGUCUCAGAAAGAGGAGGCAGUUUCUACAUCACUCUCAACGCUACUGUGACCAGGACUGACAACUAUCGCUGUGUAGCCACUCAGGAGACAAUCAGCCAUCAGAUUUAUGCUGAAAUUUAUUUCAAUGGGUCUCCAAAUGUUGGAUUGAUUGUUGCUGGUGCAUUUAUUGCAGUUGUUCUUGUUAUUGUUCUAGCUGUGCUUGUAGACAAGUAUAAAAAAAGAUCACAAGACCCAGGAAACCCAUCUAGUGGUGGAUCUGAGGUCCAAACGCAGCUUGUUCCAAACGGCAGUACCACAGUAACUGAAGGCCUGAUGAUCAAUGGUCAAUGACACAGUGUCCGGGACAGCUGGUUGACUUGUAAAAUCUGCAUGGAGGGAACUUCUCCAAUCUCCGUGUCUUCGUGGACUCCUCGACUGACAAUUUCUUCUGUACUGAGGCCGCUGUGAGGUCUCACGCACUCAGCAAGGAAAUGAUUUUACUUUCACUUUCAUAAAUAGGACCUCUAAGUUUAAUUAAAUAAGAAGAAUGAAAACCAGCCCACCUGCAGAAGUGACUCCAAUGUUAGUAAAGUAACUUGUAGUUUGACCAUGAAGUGACCAAAACAUUAUUACCACAGAAUCUGAAAUUCAAAAGGCAGCUGGUGAAGAACGGAGUGUUGGACAGUUAUUAUUUAGAUAAAGUCAGUCAAUAUAGAAUCUGUGUGUUUUUUUUUUUUAAAUAACUACAUUUUGUUUAUGAUCCUCAGCUAAAGGAAACAAGACUCCAUCAGCGUUGUCACUUAAUUUUAAUUUUAAAGGGGACAUAUAAUGAAAAACUCUCAUUUUCAGUCAUGGUGCACAAACAUUUGAGUAUCUGGAGGGCCGACCAACCCAAAACCUGAAAUCAAACAACCCAGACAGUUCUUUGUGGGCAUCCUCAAUCAGAAAACAUGUUAUUGAUUACUGCCCCGCGUACUGCAGCGAUCGUUUCGGUGUCUCCUCUAAUUCUUUGGCGAGCCACGAGCAAAUGUGUCAAGGCAGGAAGGUGAUCCUAUACAGGAAGGUGAUCAUAUACAGGAAGGUGAUCAUAUACAGGAAGGUGAUCAUAUACAGGAAGGUGAUCAUAUACAGGAAGGUGAUAUAUACAGGAAGGUAAUCAUAUAUAGGAAGGUGAUCAUAUACAGGAAGGUAAUCAUAUACAGGAAGGUGAUCAUAUACAAGAAGGUAAUCAUAUACAGGAAGGUGAUAUAUACAGGAAGGUAAUCAUAUACAGGAAGGUAAUCAUAUACAAGAAGGUAAUCAUAUACAGGAAGGUAAUCAUAUACAGGAAGGCCACAGCACAGCCGGAUAUAUUUUGUAUAUAAAGUCCAUGGAUUCAAAAUUCUGAAUAACCGACCUUGUUUGCAGUUGGAGGUGUCCUGGCAGCAUUUUUACAGAUGUCUCUUUAACAAUGGUGGUCUACGGGGGAAAUCCUUUCUGGGUCACUGGGAGAUUUUUUUGUUGCAAUACUGCGAGAAAAUUAACGGAAAAGAAAAUAGUAAAGUAAGUAAUAGUGUUUUUUGAACAUUAAAACAUGUAAACGUGUUCUCGUAGAAAUUGAAAAUACAAGUAUGAACCUGAAAAUGAGCAUAAUAUGUCUCCUUUAAAAGAUAAUGUUGAUAUACCUGCUGUCAGGGUCGGUGGUUUGAUCCCCGACUCUUCUUGUCCACUCGUCCAAGUGUCCUUGAGCAAGACACUGAACCCCAAAUUGCUCCUGAUGGUCAGACAGCACCUUGUAUGGUAGCUCACUGUCAUCGGGGUGUGAAUGGAUGAAUGACAUAUAAACUGCUUUAUUAAUAUUAUUAAUAUUAUUAUUACUGCUGCUUGUAGUUGUUAAAAGUCCUAACUGAGCUAGAUGUGGUGGACAUUAGAAAACAAAACUUUUAAGACCAAAGCCUGCUGUCACAAUGUAAAAGAAAUGUGAAUUUUUUUUGUAGCCAAAGUAAAAUAUGUGACUUAGUUUUUGAUAUUUGUGUAAUUGACAUUUAGGACAAUUAUGUUGACGUUGUGCUUAUUAUUUCUUAGAUAGCUAAGCUAGAGUUUGUCAGGUUGAACUAGACACUGUUGUUGGCUGUAAUAUCAUGCAUCUACAGUAUGUUUUAUCUGAUUUGCAGGGCAUCAUGUAAUUUCAGGCAGUGCUUCAUUUCUAUCUAAAUAAAAGAUGAAAUAUGUCAAACUGUA